CCGAUAGUGCGUGUAGAGGGGCGUGUUUACGGGAUUGCCAUUGGAAUGCGGGCGCACUGGGGGCGAACUUCAGGUGUACGGACACAAACACGCGCUCUUCACGGAAUACAUCUGUAGUUUGUGGAGCAUACAGUGGAUGAAUUGGAAAGAAAUGGCAAUCGGCGUGACACUGAAGUAGAACAUAGUAGAUGGCCAGGGAUUAUUGCAAUUACUACCAAGUCAGCUUGAACUUGUCGCUCGCUUUUGAUUUUGUAUUUGAAUUUUUAAAAACUGUAUUCUAGGCCAACAAUUUAGAAUUUGCACGCUGUUAUGAUUUUUCUGUAACAAAGAUCUUUAUACGUUUUUUAUGUGCACGUGUGUAAAGAGAGAUUGGUUACGCGUUGUCAGCACACCUGAACGCUGGCGUGGAGUGGACGCGUCUUGAUUUACUUUAUGUUCCACAACUGCAAUAGAUGACAAUUGACGUGCUGAAGAAGUGGACUUAGCUCCGUCAUAUCCUAGAAAACUGUGCAAGUGUUUUCUACAGGGAUUUAAAGAAGACUUCUAACACUCACGAUGGAUGUUUUCUAGAACCUGUCUCAUCUCAGAGAAGAAUCUAAAAAUACGUUGCUAACUGAAGUCCGUCUGAAUUCCUAAGUGUCAUAUCAAAGUUCAGGUGGCAUGGAAGUAUUUGGCCCAACAUUUGCCAGCUUUCACAUUGCCCUGUGCGAUCUAACCGUCUGUAAGGUCUACCGUGCCAGAUGAUGUAAACUCUUUGGGAACUACUUUUGCAAGGAGAUAUCGUAUCAUAUCUUAUGAAGAAACAUGUCAGCGCAUUUCAACAGGAAGCUGUUUUUGUGCCAGACACUCACCUUCAUCAUUCUUCUGCUCUCACCUCUCUGCCUCUGGGCUCAGCAUUCCUCCAGGGUGUCUGUUGGGGGGUCGGUGGGUGCCCCUCGUGGGCGUGUGCGGCGGCAGCUGCACUUCAGGAACGAGUGGUCAGGCUGGAGCGGCUGGUCUGUGUGCUCCCGCAGCUGUGGCGGAGGAGCGUCGGUCCGCACACGCACCUGUAUCACCAGAAACCCUGUUGGAGGCCCAUGUGUGGGAGACUCUCGACAGUACAAGAUCUGUAACACCAAGGAGUGUCCAGUGGGUGAGAUGGACUUCAGGGAGAUGCAGUGUAAAGCCUUUGAUGACCGUCCUGUAACGUCAGGCAGCAGGUACAAAUGGACGACCUUCCAUGGAGGCUCUGACCCAUGUGAAUUGAGCUGUCUGGCGGUUGGUCAUAAUUUUUACUACAAUUUUGGCCGAGUUCUGGACGGCACCCCCUGCCAGACCGAGACUACGGCUGUGUGUGUCAACGGGAAGUGUCUGGAGCCAGGCUGUGACCUGAUCCUGGGCUCCAAGCAGGAGGAGGACGCUUGCAUGGUUUGUGGAGGUCAUAACAGCACCUGUCUCCAUCACCGCAAUAUCUACCAGAACAACGGACAAGAUGGGCCGUUUGGGUACAAUGAGGUCACCAUGAUCCCUGCUGGCGCCACACACAUCAGGGUGACGGACAACAGCAGGAACUAUCUGGCUCUCCAAAAUGGCCGUUCGCAGUUUGUCAUCAACGGCAACUGGAAGAUCAGCACACCAGGAGAGUACAGUGUGGCCGGCACCAAACUUCUCUACCGGCGCUCCGCCGACACUUGGGAAAGUUUCGAAGUGCCAGGGCCGACAAAGGAGGACCUGCACAUUAUGGUCUUGUCCACGGAUAAGAACACUGGGAUUGAGUAUGAGUACUGGCUUCCACCUGACCGGUUUGCACUGUAUCAUGGGAGACGUAGUCCUCUGCGACAGCCCCACCAUGCUGGCUUUCCACCUUGGGUUCCUCCGACUCCCAGCACCACCACGGUCACUACCACCACUACGACCACCACCACCACCACCACCAGACCUCACUUGGUCACACGGCCAUACUGGGCACCAGUGGGGGGUAGAGAGGUGAACCCUUACCUGCAGCAUCAGCCUUAUCAGCCUCCUCGGCGUCAUCUUCCUCAUCAUCAACCUCAUCACUACGAUCACAAUCACCUGCCUGAGGGACCACGGCGAGGGCAUUGUGGGAGGUGUAGGCGAGUACGGGGUCGAUCCGAGAGGCAGAGGCAGUACUGCGAGAAAGACUUUGUGUUCCGUGCCCAGAUCCUAGAGAAGCGUUACCGUGGCGAGGAGACGCGCUACGACGUCCAGGUGAUCCACACCUACCGCAACCGGUACCGGCUGGAGCACCGCGAGUUCCUGUGGGUGCCCAACGUGUGCGACUGCCCGGCGCUGGAGGAGGGCCGCCAGUACGUGCUGAUGGUGCGCCGGCACAUCAACUACGAGCGCACGCUGGACCGCAUCCUGCUGGAGGAGGACAGCUACGUCCAGCCGUACCGCCCGCGCGAGCACAGCCUGCUCAAGCCCUUGGAGGAGCUAUGCUCCAACCGCGGGCCGCUGCCACAGCAGCCGCCAGCACGCCACCACCACCGCAGAGGAUAGAGAGAGAGAGAGACAGAAAGAGAAAGAGAGACAGAUGGAUAUGCUCAAUUUCCUUUUCAACGUUCUCUUGUUUUUGCCGUGUCCAUUAAAAAAAGACUCCUAAGUCAUGGAAGGCAUGGACAAAGGAGAGUGAAUUCAAUCAUGGUCACAAGCUCCCAGCCAGCUAAGGAUAUAUUUUCCCAAAUAUAUGUCCAACCGUUAUCCCAGGUGGAUUUACUUACCCCUGCAUCCUCCCUGGAACAGUAUGAGAAAAAGGAACCAUGGACACAUUGAGUUCAUUUGCUUCUCUCACUAUCUCUGCAUUGUGUUGUUUUGCUUUAUUUAUGUGCCAACAAAAUACUUAGGAAUUAUGUGUAUUUGUAUAUUUCUUUUGAUAUUAUAUUUUUAUGUUUUUGGUUUUAUCAACACGCCAUUGCUAAUGUUAAAAAGGUAUUUUAAGUUAUUUCUGUUCAGUUAUUCCUCCAUAUGUAAUGGCUUAUAUAAUAUUUUGUUAUAUUUACCCAUUUGUAACAGCACAGCACUGCUUUAACUACUCAAUGUUGGAAACCUGUAGCCUAUAUGUUUAUUGGGUUUCUAAGGACACAGGCACAAUCACACAGCUAACCUCCAAGUCCAUGCCUCUAAUCCAGUUCUUAUAGAAACUAUUGCAUCUAUGGCUAGCAAAAAUGCAUAGAAAGAAGUUUGCUGUUUUGCUAAGUAUUGAAUGAAGUGUUGAAACACCACAAACCCAGCAAAAAUCAGUUUUACUUUUAAUAAUAGACAUAUAUCCAUAUUGGUUUCUGACCCACUAUCAGUGAAUGCUGCAAUCAAUUGUGCUCCAGCUUAGCUAAAUGCCUCAAAAAGUGUAUAAGUCAACGUGUGUGUGUGUGUGUGUGUGUGUGUGUGUGCACAUGUUUCACAGGGUCCAUAACAGGCAAAGUUAAUAUCAUUGUGUCACCCACUGCUUUUGUACAUUUAGUUCCAUUCCAAUUCCAGUGAAGCUUUACUCAAUUUCAGUACUCAAGUCCCUUAUAUUUCCUGCUCCUGGUUGAUACAGAUAUCAGUAUUUCUUCUGGAAAGCAGUAUCGUCUCUUUUGAUUGUUGGUGACUGAAAGUUGUAUUUUUGUGUAUUUUAAUUGCUAUCCUCCAUUACUGUCCAUGUGUGUUGAUACUAUUAUUAUUGAUGAUGAUUCAUCUCACAUAAUACAGCACUUCUAAAAAAGAAACUGCUUUUUGAAAGUAUAUUUUAGGGGGCUUUUUGCUUUCAUUCAGAUAGGACAGUGAAGCUGGACAGGACAGUGGGGGAGAGAGAUGGGUGGGAACGGAAUAUAGCCAUGGGCUGUGAGCACACGUCAUGGACCCAAUAUGGCACGUACUGUACGCUGCAGCCUCCUGCACCACAGCUCCUGCAGAAACUCUGCUUUCGUACGUCUCUAGUAUGUCACUAGUACUUUUUGAUUUGUGUGGGUAUAGGUUUGUCUUUUGCAGGACAGUCUAUGUGAGAGCAUUACAAAGAUUAUGAACCUCAGCUUCUCUGGAAAUCAUACCUUUGGCUGUAUGCUCUCUAGCCUGGAAGCCAGCCCAAAUGUACCCCGUCCAUAAAAUCUGUGUUUAGGAAAUUUGUUCUAGAGUCGCCCAAUUGAGAAAUCUCUAUGCCUGAGCCAGAGGUGUUUGGGCCAAUCAAAUAAUUUGGGUGGGUUUUAUAUGAGCAUGGACAGAUGAGCAACAUUCAUGUCACACUUGAGCAUGCUUGAGUUGGUUUUGUUUACAACAAAAAGGCUGACGCUAGAGAAGAUAGAUGUUUAGAUUUCGCUAUUGCGUCUGUUGUACAAGACUAUUGCGUGCAGAGGCAUUGUUUUCCCUGUAUCAGUUAAAACACUAAUAAUCAAAACCAAAUGGUGUGAUACCAGACUCAAAUUCUGGGUAGAAUUCAAGUAUGGCUAUAUCCUCUCAGGACCUGUCACACCAUCUUCAACACAGCACCUCAUGAACUUAAAAACAACGGAAUAAGGCAAAGUGCAACCAGAUGCAAGACUCCUUCCCCCAUUAUAACACAAGCUCAGAUGUUUUAUGUGACAUGUUGAAACUAACAAUUCAUACUUCUCAUAAGCACAUUUUGUUUUUGUGUUAUACUCAUAUAGACCAUCCUGAUUUCAUACACUUCCUGUCUUUUCAGCGUAAGCUAAAGCAAUCUGAGAAGCAGACAUAAAGGAAAGGACAUAAAAAAGUCAACCGUUGUGUAUUUUGUUAGAAAUGUAUUUACAAAAAUAACAUGUAAAUCCUUCAUCACAAUGACAUGAACUGUGCUACAAUGAACAUGUAGUUAAUACAUACAUAUAAAUAAUCAAAUAGCAAAAUCCACCUUACAACCAACUAUGAUGGACAAAACAGCAACAAAAUAAAACGUCAGCCUAUGCCAAUGCACCUGAGCAGUUUGAAAUGAUUUGUAUGUUCUUCAUAAGCAAAGCAACA